UCUCACUAAGGAACUGACACUAUUUGGGAAUAAUGUCAAGAGUGGGAGUUAUUGUGUUGGCUUUGGCCGCUGUAUUGGCUGUAGCAAGUGCGGAAGGAUAUGAUGGCUACAAAAUCUUCGAAAUCCUACCCAAAACCCAAGAGCAAAACGAUUUUCUAUAUGAAUUAUCGAAAAUGAGUGAAUUCUAUGAUUUCUUUGCUUUGAGAAGACAACCCAAUCAUUUAGCUCGCGUUAUGGUCAAUCCCAAUGAAGAGGAGAAUUUCCUUAACGCUUUGGCUGAACACAAUCUUAGCUACUCAAUUGUCAAUGAUAAUGUUGGCCGUUCGGUGGAACAAGAAUUCCAAUUGAACAAGUUGAGACGUAGUUUGUCGCCCUUCACUGGCAAGGGACGUUUGAGCACCGAACGUUAUUACAGUCAUGGUGAAAUCAAUAAUUAUAUUGAAGAUUUGGAACAGCGUUUCCCAUCUCGUGUGUCGCUCAAGACCGUGGGUAAAUCCUUUGAGGGACGUAACAUUAAAACCAUAACCAUUAGCAAUGGUGAUGGCCGUGCCGGUAAGAAUGUCAUCUUCAUCGAUGGUGGUUUCCAUGCUCGUGAAUGGAUUUCUCCAGCUGCUGUUUUGUAUGUCAUUGGCCAAUUGGUUGAAAAUUUCGAAGAAAAUGCCGAACUUUUGUUGGAUUACGAUUUCAUGAUUUUGCCAGUUGUUAAUCCUGAUGGUUAUGAAUACACUCAGACCAGUACCAAAGCACGUUUUUGGCGUAAAACUCGUCAGCCCUAUGAAUCUGCUGGUAAGACCUGCUAUGGUGCUGAUCCCAAUCGUAACUUUGAUUUCCACUGGAAUGAGGAAGGUGCUUCCUCAAAUCCCUGUGCCGAUACCUUUGCUGGACCUUAUGGCUUCUCGGAACCCGAAACCAUUAUUGUUCGCGAUUUGAUCAAUUCUCUUAAGGGUCGUGGUAGCAUGUAUUUAACUGUACAUUCCUAUGGCAAUUAUUUGCUUUAUCCUUGGGGCUGGACUGCUGAUUUACCCGAUACCUGGGAAGAUUUGCAUGAAGUAGCCAUGUCCGGUUAUAAUGCUAUUUUCAAUGCUACCGGUACCGAAUACACUGUUGGUUCCUCUACAAAUGUUCUGUAUAUUGCAGCUGGUGCCAGUGAUGACUAUGCCUUCAAUGCUGGUUUCAAAAUUGCCAUGACCAUGGAAUUACCCGGUGGUGGAAAACUCGGCUUCGAUCCUCCAGCAUCUAGCAUUGACACAAUGGUCAAAGAAACUUGGGCUGGCAUUCGUGCCAUGGCUGAGAAGGUCAUUGAGAAAUAUCCCACCGAAAGAGUUGAAUUUUUGUAAUUUAACUAAUUUUUCUUAUUAUUAGGUAAAUAAUUCGAAUUAUUUUAUUUGUGUUUUAAAUAAAAGAAGAAGGAAUAUUUUCUAUUUCUAAG